CAUUUAGACCUAAUAAAUAUUGUUUCUGGGCAAAAAAAGCAAAAAACCUCACCGUGGUCAGCGUUCAUCUUCGUCAAUCACAAGUCACCAUUCAGCAGUCAAUCUUUAAAUAAUCCAUGAUACGAACCCCCGGGAAAAAUUGAGAGUUUUUUCUCUGUGGACACCGAUUCAGGUGUUAACGAUCUUGCUCUCUCUCGCUCACUGUUAUUUGUAUUACCUGCAGACGCAGAACAGCUGCGUCCUAUCCCAACCCAAGUAGCUGGAAAAGUAAUCUCAACAGCAGCAGCAAUUUAAUCGACCAAGAAAAUGGCUCAAGAGUCACUGACGGAAACCCCAGUCAUCUCGUCAAAUACUCUAUCGCAGACAGAUUCAUCUCUUUCUAGAAGCGUUUCUUUUAGCCGGCUCAAUGCACAGGCACCAGAAUUUGUGCCCACUCGACCCACCCCACGAACCGAUUUGCAGCAGCAACCUAGACCCGUACUACUUCCGCCUCCUUCUCCUCCUUCGGCAUCAGGUAUGGUACAUGUUUACUCACCAUCCCCAUCUUCGCCGUUCCAUAUACCGAUUCGAGGCCACGUACCAGUCGCUAAUCACCACCACCACCGCCACCAUCAUGUUCCGGUUCACUACCGGUCUCAUCAUCACCCUCAUCAAUAUCAUGUUAGCUCCGAUUCGGCUGUGCAGCAACCUCAGCAGUCUCACGUUGAGCCAGAUCACACUCCUUUCAAAAGCAAGCAUUCCGGUGUUAACGAUCUUGCUCUCUCUCGCUCACUGUUAUUUGUAUUACCUGCAGACGCAGAACAGCUGCGUCCUAUCCCAACCCAAGUAGCUGGAAAAGUAAUCUCAACAGCAGCAGCAAUUUAA